UUCUCCGUUCUCACUCUUGCCCUGAGAUGAAGUCUACAACCAUCCCGAUCGACAAGAACUGGCAGUUCACUCAAGUUGGCGGUGGUCAAGGAACGAAAGACGGCGAGUUGCUGCCCUGUGAAGAGUUUCCCACAUCGGUCCAUGUUGAGCUUCUCAAGAGGAAAGCGAUACCAGACCCAUUUAUUGGCCUUCAUGAAUGGGACGUACAAUGGAUCGGGGAAGCUGAAUGGGCAUUCAAGACAACAUUUCAUAUUGCGGACGAGACAUUCGCUGCACCAAACGUUGAUCUGAUCUUUGAAGGAUUGGACACAUAUUGCUCUGUUGAGCUUAAUGGUGAAAAGCUAUUGAGCACGAACAACCAAUUCAUCUCCCACCACAUUCCGGUCAAAGGACAAUCACUGAAGAAUGGAGAUAAUGAGCUUGUACUCACAUUUCCAUCCGCAUUCGUAAAGGGACGAGAACUUGAGAAGCAGCACGGCAAGCUCAACCUUUGGAACGGUGACUCCAGUCGCUUACAUGUUCGCAAAGCUCAAUACAAUUACGGAUGGGAUUGGGGCCCAGUUCUCAUGACUGUUGGACCGUGGCGACCAAUUUCGAUCCACGCAUAUGAGUCGCGAUUAGCAGACCUGCGUGCGAUAGUCGACGUGAAGGAAGAUCUCAGUGUUCAGACAAAUAUAUCGUUCCAGGUCGAGGGCUCGGUUUCAGGCCUGAAAGCAGAAUAUUCCCUUCUUUCACAAGAUGGGAAAGAGGUACUCGGUGAUAGUACCGCUUUGAGUGAGGGAAAAGGAGAAUCUGCUUUUGCUGCCAAACCUGGGGCAUUGGAUCUCUGGUACCCUGUAGGAUACGGAAAACAGGCGCUAUAUACUCUUCAAGUUAGCUUGUACGACGAGCAAGGGAAUGUAAUCGAUGUUCAAGAGAAGCGGUUAGGCCUUCGCCGGGUUCGAAUAAUUCAGGAUAAGCUGGACGGCGAACCUGGACACACGUUCCUGUUUGAAGUCAACAACAUUCGCAUCUUUUGUGGAGGGUCAAAUUGGAUCCCUGCCGAUAGCUUCCUUACAACUAUGACUCCGAAGAGGUACAGAGACUGGCUGCAGCUACUGAUUGACGGAAAUCAGAACAUGAUUCGCGUUUGGGGCGGAGGUAUCUAUGAGCACGAUAGCUUCUACAACAUAUGCGAUGAACUCGGUAUAAUGGUCUGGCAGGACUUCAUGUUCGGUUGUGGACAGUAUCCAGCGUACAACAGCUUUCUGGAGUCCGUGAAGGUUGAAGCGGAGCAAAACGUGAAGCGACUGAGGCAUCACCCUUCUAUCGUAAUCUUCGCUGGCAACAAUGAAGAUUAUCAACUAGCUGAAAGCUUAAAGCUCGAUCUUGACUAUGGCGACGAGAAGUCAGACUUCCGUCAGACGAAUUUCCCCGCUCGACACAUAUACGAGCGAGUGCUCCCGGAGAUAGUCGCAAAGCACUGUGAAAUACAUUAUCAUCGUUCCUCGCCUUACAGUGGAUUUGGACAAGUUACAACUGACCGCACGAAUGGUGAUCUACAUCAGUGGAAUGUAUGGCAUGGAUCACAGGAACCAUGGCAUAAUUGGGACAUUCUCGCCGGCCGGUUCGUCUCAGAGUUUGGAAUGGAAGGAUACCCUAACAUUCGAACCGUUGACUAUUGGAUUGGAGGCGACAAGUCUGAGAGGUAUCCUCAGUCGAGGACUAAUUGCAAUCAUAAUAAGGCCGAUGGAUUCGAGCGUCGUCUCGAGUUGUACCUAAUGGAGAACUUCAAACAUGCAUUUGACAUAGAAAGCUAUGUUUACUAUACUCAAAUCAUGCAGGCGGAGACCCUAGCUUCUGCUUAUCGGCUUUGGCGGCGCAACUGGAAAGGCCGGGGAAAGGAGUACACAGCUGGUGCACUCGUCUGGCAGAUUAACGACUGCUGGCCAGUGACCUCCUGGGCAAUAGUCGACUACUUCCUACGGCCGAAACCAGCCUACUUCGCAAUCGCACGCGAACUUCGGCCGUACACAGUCGGAAUGACGCGCAAGGAGAAGAUAGUCUAUGCAGACGCGAACAAAGCAGCUGACUUCACGCUUGACGUCGAGUUGGAGAUAUGGGGUACCAAUAGCCAGCUGACUGAGAAAACAGUUGUGCUUGAUGUGACGAGUUUCAAUUUGGAUUUGGAUUCAGAGUCGGAUGAUUGGAUGGAGAAUUGGAAGAAGGAAGUUGUGUUGAAGCCGAAUGCGAGUACGGAGCUUUGGAAGGGAAAGUUACCUGGUCAGCCGACGCGGACGAAGCUUAGUGAAGUUCCGAAGACUAUCGUUGUCUCCGCAAGGUUGCUUGACGGUGAUAAAGUUCUGGCUCGGUAUUCAAACUGGCCUGAACCAUACAAAUACAUUCACUUCCCCUCCGUCGAAGAAUCCUGGCUGAAAAUCACACCAGUCGGUAGCGACGGCGAGAACGAAACAUUGCUCGAACUCUCAUGCAAGAAACCCAUAAAGGGUAUCGUCCUCGACGUUGAGGGUGACGAUGUGAAAUGGAGCGACCAGGCGAUCGAUCUGGUUCCAGGCGACAAUCAACGCGUCAAGGCAGUUGGAUUGAAUGGUAGGAAGGUCCAGGCACGUUAUCUUGGCGAUGGGUCUGCUUGAAUUCUUCCACUUUCCCUUUCCACCCCGGCCCGAAAGUUGGUUUUCUUCGAACCGAAUUCUCUCGCUCCCCGCCUCCGGGGCCCCACAAGCCGAAUAAAUUCGCCAUGCGGAAAAAGUUCAUUUCUGCAUCCAUAUGUCGUGUUCUCAAACAGAAAAAGAAAUGGAAUAGGAUAUCCUCGUGUAAAUCCACAUGCUCUCAUUAAAUCAAAUCAAUGAUAUCGC